GAAAGUGGUGAAGUCUUUCCUUUCUAGGCGACUCAACAAGCUUUGCUUUGCACUUUCCCUUUGCACGAGCUGUCAAGGCUCAUUCAUGACCCACCCUUAAGUCCAGAGGGAAGAAACACAUCUCCUCCCAAGCACGAGGCUGUCUGACAAAACCACCACCACCACCGCCAUGAUGGCGACAAGUAAACGGGCUCACUCCCGCGCCACCAGCCCUCUCUCGGCGUCGGAGCCCGUCCCCAAAUUCCUGAGUCUGCCCCUCGGCGUGCUCAACCAGAAAUUCAAAAGCAUCAACGCGCACGAGGCGUCCCUGCGCGCCGACCCGGCAGCCAUCUUCUCGCACCCCAUGGCGGUGGCGCGGAACCGCUAUCCGGACGUGCACCCGUGGUCUCACAACCGGGUGCACUUGCACGCGCUCCCCUUCCCCUAUAUCAACGCCUCGCCGAUCGACCUGGGCCGGCCGAGGGAGAAUUUCAUCGCUACCCAGGGCCCCCUGGAGAGGGAUAUGGGCCUGGGCCAUUUUUGGGAGAUGGUGUGGCAGGAGGCGUGCGAGGUCAUCGUCAUGCUGACGCGGGUGGUGGAGGAGGGGAAGGAGAAGUGCGGCGUCUAUUAUCCCGAGACGGUGGGGGAGGUCAAGGAGUUGGAGGGUUGGGGUAGUGUGGAGUGCGCGAGUCUGCGCGAGGAGUUCCGGACGGAGAUUAGGGAGUUGAAGGUGGUGAAGAGGAGUCAGGAGGAGGGAGAAGAGAGGGUAGAGGAGAGGGUAGUGCGCCAUUUCCUCUUCUUGGGUUGGCCAGAUUACGAAAUUCCCGUGACUCGAGAGGACCAGGAUGCCUUGCUGGAGUUGAUCAGGAUGUCGAGAUUUCAGAUCGAUGAAGUGAGCAACGAAGAUGGAGAGAAAGUAACCCCACCACGGAUCGUGCACUGCAGUGCUGGGGUUGGGAGAACAGGGACAUUCAUUGCGUUGGAUUAUCUGUUGCAAGAGCUUGACGAUGGAAGAUUUGACGAUAUGGUAAACGGGGAAGACGAUGAGACGGAUUCAGAAAAGCAGAAUGUGGAUCCUGUCUUUGAAACGGUAAAGAAGUUAAGAGAGCAGAGGAUGUACAUGGUUUAUAAGCCUGGACAGUAUGCAUUCAUCUAUCAGAUGCUGAGGCAGAGAUGGGAAGCGAGAAAAAAGGGUGUUCAGACUCCAUCAAUAGGGGGAGAAGGUUUGGAAAACGUCCAGGUAUCCCCGACGAAGAAGAGGAAACUGGUUCAGAACGGAUCAGGUAAUGAACUGGAUGUGGAUACGAAAGAUGAUGAUGAAUUGGACGUGGACACGAAAGAAGACUCAUGAAACGAAGAUCAUCUUUAUCAGUACUGUCUCAUUCGCACAGUAGCAUGUACAGCGAUGGGGUCCCUAUUGUAUGUCUUCUAUGUGUUGAAUAGCGUUAUUCAAGUCAAUCUCUAUUAGGAC